AUGGCUGCCAUCGAUGCCAGCAAGUUCACCACCUCGGACCAAAUCUUCUCCGCGAACCAUACCCUCCCCCAGAUCCGCUCCAUCCACAAGGCCCUCCAUGUCGAGAUCGAGGACAAGGCGAGCCGCCUGCGGACGCGCGUAGGCGGGUCAUACCGCGACCUGCUGGGCACGGCCGACACCAUUGUCCAGAUGCACGAAGACAACGAUGCGGUGCAGGAGCUUCUGCGCAGCAUGGGCUGGCGGUGCGGCAGAGCGGUGGUGUCGACGAAGGUGGCUGCGCUGGCCAACUUUGUGGAAAAGGAGCGGAAAGCAGACGUUGCCGAAGCAGCGAGACAGAGGCUGCUGGAUGGAUGCCUGCUGGUUGUUGGGAGGCUGCUGAGGGGUCGUGGAGAGCUGGACGAGAGCUUCAGUACAGGCGACAGAUUGGUGGUGGCGGCCAAGGUGUUGGUCUUGAGCCGUCUGCUGGUCAAUAGUCUGGGGAAAGAAGCGCUCAAGGACGACGCGCGACAAGCUGUUGAUGCGGCCCGGAAGAAGCUCGACAGCUUACGCCGCCGGCUCCGGAGAACGCUGGAGAAGGCUUUGGAGAAGAUUGCUGCCGAUUCAAACAGGGACGACGUGCUGAAGGCUCUCGCUGCCCAUAGCCUUGCAAACAGCUCUGGGGCCAAGGACACGCUGCGGCACUUUUUCGAAGUGAGAUUCAAAGCCGUCGCGGUCACCCUGGACUCUGAGGAGGAUGAACGGGUGGGAAGCGCAGACGAUGUCAUCCGAAGCCUUGAGCUCUAUGCCCGGACUCUCCUGGACGUACAGGCCUUGGUGCCGAACAAGCUCUCGCAGGCGCUCCAUGCUCUGACUAAGAAGCCUCUGCUGGAGGAUGCCUCGCUACGGAAGCUGGAGGGACUGCGGCUUGACAUAUUCGAAAGAUGGUGUGGCGAAGACAUUCAGUAUUUUACGCCCUUUAUCCGCCACGACGACCUGAGUGGGACACAGGCAAAGGAGAUGUUUGAUAGCUGGGUUGAAAAGGGGCAGGAGGUGCUGCUCCGCGGUUUGAAGAAGAUAUUGGAGCCAAUGCAUGAUUUCAAGUCGAUAACGGAACUGCGGACGAACCUUCUUCAGCUAUGGAUACGGCAGGGCAGCAAAGUCCGGGGAAUCGAUCCGGAGGAGAUGCAAAAUCACUUGAGGCACGCCAUCAACACGCAACUGCUUGCCGUUCUCGAGUCCAAGGUCACCAAGCUUCAUAUUGUGGGCUCCGAAGUCAAGGCUACGCUGGAAAGUUGGAAGGAUGGCGUGACUGGGAAGCUGCCGGGGUUGUGGGAUGAAGAAGGGUACGAAGAUGCUCUGUCUAGCGGAGCUCGCCCAUUCCUGCAAGAAGUCGCAUCACGCUUCUACGGCCGCAGCGAUGCCGUGUCUAAAGCUCUCAACUGCUACUACUCGUGGUUUCACAUCAUUGACGACGUUAAGGAGGUAGUCGGGCAGUUGGAGAAGCAGCGGUGGGAUAACGACUUUGACGAAAUCGAAGAUGAAGAGACCCUCGAGGCGAGGCAGCAGCUGCUGAGCAAGGACGAUCCGAAGAUGCUGCAGCAAAAACUUGACACCAGUCUCGAUGCGUCCUUUGAAGCCCUUGAAAAGGAGAUGCAGCAGUUGUGGCAUGGCAAAUCCGAGACUGGCAGCCGCAGUGCCAUCGCCAUGUAUCUGAUCCGAGUCUUGAGAGACAUCCGUCGCCAACUGCCGCAGCGCGAAUCCGUCAAGGAUUUUGGUCUGAGUAUGGUCCCGGCGCUUCACCAAGCGGUUGUGGUCUCGGUAUCAGAGUUGCCGGUUGAUGAGUUCGUGUCGGGUGGCCUAUCCGGGAGGAUAGUCGUCGGCAGACCGCUGUGGGAUGGGGACCCAGCGUUGCCCAAUCAGCCAGCACCAGAGACGUUUCAGUUCCUGCACAGCUUGUUGCUCUCUUUGUCUGAUGCGGGAGUUGAUCUAUGGACCGCAGCUGCGAUGACCGCUCUGAAGCAGCACGUUAGCCGGCGAUUGUGUGAGGCAUGGAAUCAAGAACUUCAGAGCAUAAAGUUUGCUGAGGAGGUGAAGGAAGUGAAAGAAGAUGCCGAGGAGGUCAAAGAGCAGAAAACCGAGAUGGAGACUGAAGCAAAUGAUGCAGAGGGCCCUGCCAGGGAGGGUGAGAAAAAGGACGCUGGAAAGGAAGAGGAUGGCACAGCGCCAAGCAACGAGCAGCUGCGGGAUCUCUGCAUCCAGUGGCUAUUCGACAUUUCCCUCCUCCGCCUUUCCGUCGGGACUGAGGCGGGAGAGACGGCAGACGAGUUCCAAAACCUGGAAGAUGCAGUGUAUGGGCACAGCGGCCUCGAUGAAUCCUCACGGCAACACGUCGGUAAGGCGGCAAAGAACUUCUGGAGCCGGACGAGUCUGCUGUUUGGUCUACUGGCAUGA